AUGUGGCUGCCCGAGAAUGCGAAGACGUUCACGAUGGUGAAGUUCUACGACAGCUCCUACAGCUACGACUACUCUUUUCCCGCCGUCACCCUCGCCUACUUCCUCCGCUACCCGAACCCUUACUCGACCCAUGUGCUCUCCACCGAUGUCAUCGAGCGCCGCUUCGAUCCCGACACCCAGGAGCUGCACACGGUGCGCCUGCAUCUGAAGCGUUCCAAGCUGCCGGCCGCCGUGCUGAAAAUCCUGCCGCGGUCGCUGCUGGGCGCCUCCAGCGCCGGCGACACCCAGAGCUACAUCCUCGAGCACAGCGUUGUCAACAUCCGGGAGGGGUGGAUGGACACUGUCAGCCAGAAUCUUGAGUGGACUGGGGUGCUCAGUGUCGUCGAGCGACAGCUCUUCCGCCGCCCAACCGACAUCUUCCGCAGCAACAAGUGCGAGAAGAGUGCCGCUGCCCAUGGCCUGCUGGACUCUGGUCUCAAUGAGACCACGGAAGUCAAAACAUCCGUCACUCUGCACUCGAAGAUCGGCGAGAACAUCCGGAAGAGGCGUGCCGCCAAGGCUGCUGCCGAUGCAAAGGCUGCCGAGCUCGACGAAGAGCAACCGCCCAAGGUUGGCUUCUUCAAGUCUUGGUCCACCGCCUCAAUCCAGCGGUCCAUCGAGCUCAUUGGGCUCAAGCGUGCCGAAAAGAGCCAGCCGAAUGCCAAAGAAGGCAUGAAGAUUGUGUUGCAGCGGAUGCGCCAAGGCGGACUCGUCGCCGUGUUGGAGGGCAUGCGCCAGGACCGCGAGAAGAUCCUCAUGGGACGCAACGCCAACGACGUCAACGAUCGUUCAUAA